CACUGACAAUCUGUCCAAAAUAUAACACGUGAUGUUUUCUUAUUCUUUAUCGAUCCCUUUUUUUUUUAUAAAGAAUCUCGGUGCAAAGGCCUGUUCUUUCAUCCGCUUUACUGCAUUGUUCUCUUAGCUUGUACAUUGCUGUUUUUCUUCCAUUUUAGAUCAUGGCAACCAACGUUCUCAACAAUGAAUUUGACCUGAUCCUGGUCGGCGGAGGUGUGGUGGGCUGUACGGCCGCCAAAGCGUUCGGAACAGACGGCCGUCGCGUGCUUUUGCUCGAACGCGAUUUAACUGAACCCGAUCGUAUUGUUGGGGAACUUAUGCAACCCGGAGGGGUGAAUGCUCUUAAACAACUGGAUAUGGAAGACACGCUCCAAGGAAUUGACGGCAUCCCGUGCCGAGGAUACAGUGUGUAUCGCAAUGGUGAAUUCGUGGAAAUUCCAUAUCCGGACAACCCGCUCACUGGCCGGCCAGCAGAGGGUCUCAGCUUCCAUCACGGUCGUUUUAUUCAGAAUUUGAGAAAAGAAGCGUCGGCUACCAAAAAUGUCACGAUAAAAGAAAUGACCGUGAUGCGUCUGUUGAACGACAAUGUCGACGAAAAAUGUGUUGGUGUGGUGGCUCAGACAAAAGACGGAAAAGAAGAAAAAUAUUAUGCUCCGUUGACUUUGGUGGCCGAUGGCAUCUUUUCCAAAUUCCGCAAAGAAUUCACUUCCAAACUGCCGGAUGUGCGAUCUCAUUUCGUUGGAUUUAUUGUGAAAGACCUUGUGUUGCCUUCUCCGGAACACGGAUUUGUAACCUUAGCCAAACCGUCGCCUGUACUCAUGUAUCAAAUCGGCACCCAUGAAACCCGUGUGCUCGUGGAUGUACCUGGAGAAUUACCGUCAAACGCGAAUGGUGACUUGAAAAAGUAUAUUCAAAGCAAUAUUGUGCCACAAAUGCCCGAGAGUAUGCGGGGUGCCUUUGAGAAGGCAUUGGAAACCGAGCGUUUGAGAGUCAUGCCCAACGGAUUCUUGCCUCCCUCGCCCAAUCAAGUGAACGGAGCUAUUUUGUUGGGCGACGCUAUGAAUAUCCGUCAUCCGCUGACGGGAGGUGGUAUGACGGUUGCGAUCAACGAUGUGAUUCUGUUGCGCGAAUUGUUGUCGCCAGAAAAUAUCCCUUCGUUUACCGAAUCCGAUUUGGUAAUUCAAGCCAUGGGGGCAUUUCACUGGAAGCGAAAGAGAUACUGUGUCUCCAUCAAUGUGCUCGCCAUGUCUCUUUAUCGUCUGUUUGCUGCCAAUGAUCCGAAUCUUGUGAUUCUUCAGAACGGAUGCUUCAAUUACUUUUUGUUGGGCGGUGACUGUGUGAAAGGCCCGGUCAGUUUAUUGUCUGGAUUGCUCGAGAAACCCUUGGCCCUGGUCUAUCAUUUCUACGCCGUGGCAUUUUAUGCUCUUUACCUGGAAUUCAAAAGAGGAGGAGUCAAGGGUUUGCCGGUCAGUAUCAUGCGCAUCUUUACCGUGCUUUAUGCAGCGUGUGUCACUAUUCUGCCCUACAUCUGGAGCGAGUGUAAAUCCUAAAAAAUUCGUCACAUCCUCAUUACUAUUUAUGCCCACAUUUAACUUAAUAAUUAUCAUAUCUUUAUUUCUUCACCGCGUACAAAAAAGUCCCUUCUGCAUCUUCUUUCGUGCUUAUCUAAAUAAAUGUACUACCUCAUGCGCAUACAGCCGCUGUGCGUCUUGCAUAUAGUUACAUGCCUCGCAACAACAUCAGGUUGCAGGCUGUCAAAUCUGUGAGGAUAUUUUGCCAACCUUUGCCCAACUGACACCGUUCAGAUCGGUCUACAUGCACUCAACCUUGGCACCAUGGGAAGGACAAGAAAC